GCCGCGCGCCGGGCGCGUAUUUAACUUGGGCGGCGAGCGGCGGCGCGGCAGUGCGCGGCGGGCGGGCGGCGGGCCGCGGAGUGGAGGGCUUCACGGCGCUGCCGAGCCGGACUGCACCGACCUGCACCGAAACGCGCUGAACCGAGCCGAGCUUCGCCAGGCCGGGCUGCACCGCGCCGAGCCGGCUCAGCAGCGCAGGGCGCGGAGCGGGCGAAGCGCGGAGCAGCGGCUGGAUGCGCUGAGCGCGGCGGGGCCGACUGGGCCCCCGGAGCAGCGGCAGCAUGGGUCGCCGGGGUUGCUGAGCGGCGGCCGAGCCCGCCCCUGCCCGCCCCCUCCGAGGAGCCGCGCGGAGCGGCGGGCGCCGUCAGGGACCGCUCCGGGAGCCGGGGCGCGCCGCAUCGCCUCGCCGCGCUGGUGCCGGGGGUUUCCCCCCUCCGCCGAGGAUGCCCCGGGGGCCCGCGGGCCGCCCCAGCCGCUCAUCAUGAGGAGGAGCCCGGCCGGGCCGCGGGCGCUGCCGGCGCCGCCCGCCGCCGCCGCCUGAGCCCCGCGCCCCGGCGGUGCCCGCGCAGGGGCCGCCCGAGCGGGCCGCGGCGCCGUGACCCUCCUCCCCGCCCCCUCGCCCGGCUAUAAAGGAGGGUUUUAUUCUCGGGCUCCGGUCUCACGCCAAACCCUGUCACACCGUCUAGACAAGCUGUCGUGGGGCUCGGCCCAGCUGUCACCAUGGCGAUGGAGACGAGUCCGCUGUGAAUUUUGGGGGGGAGCGAGCGAGAGCGGCGAAGGAGGAGGAAGGCUCGGCCGCCUCCCUGCCCUGCCCUGCCCCGCCGCCGCCCGCGGGGGAGGCACGGACCCCCCCGGCGCUCUCGGCCGCGGCUGGAGCCGGCCCGGCGGGGAACCCCGGGGAGCCAGCGGCCGCGGGCGCGGAGCGAGCCUCAGAUGCGUCUGUCACACAACCUCGGCCGAGCUAUUUAAAGUAACGGGCCUCGCCGGACUUUUGUCUCUGCCUAUUUAUGAGUCCCCGGGAGCUGGCAGGCGCCGCCGGGCAGCGCUAGGAGCCGAGCCCGCCGCGCCAGCCCCGCGGGGAAGCCAGCGCCGAGCCGGGGCCGGCGGGGGCCCUCCCGGAGCAUGACGGCGAUCCGGGCGCUCCUGCUCUGUUCCUGCCUGGGGCUGCUGCGACUGGGGGGCGGGCAGCCCUUCCUGCGGCUGCGACCCUCGCCCAGCGACAACCUGCCCGUCAAAGACAUCGUGGAGCACCCGGAUCCCGAGUACGACCCCAAGGAGCAGGACCUGGACGAGAGGACUCUGAGGAAGAAGCUGGGCAGCCAUUUCGACCCCGGUUUCAUGGCCGUGGCCGUGCCGGGACCGGCCAACGCCUCGGGCGCCGAGGCGGCGGCGGGGCGGGGGCGGGCGGCGCUGCCCGCCGAGCUGCGGCGGCUGGAGCUGGGUCCGCCCCAGGGACCGCGCCUCAAGGUGGGCAAGAAGGCGCGGCGGAAGGUGCUGCAGUGGCUCUGGGCGUACACUUACUGCCCCGUCCUCUACACCUGGAAGGACCUGGGCGUCCGCUUCUGGCCCCGCUACAUCAAGGAGGGCAACUGCUUCGCCGAGAAGUCCUGCUCGCUGCCCGAGGGCAUGUUCUGCAAGCCCGUCAAGUCGGUCACCAAGACCUUCCUGCGCUGGCACUGCCAGGGCUGGUCCAGCCAGAAGUACUGCACCUGGAUCCCCGUGCAGUACCCGCUCAUCUCCGAGUGCAAGUGCUCCUGCUAGCCUCCCUCGGCCCCUUGCACUGCCGCCUUCUCUCGUUUGGAUGAUUUUUUGGGGGGGUGGUUGUUUUGAUUUUUUUUUUUUCCACACUCCCAGCGCGGGGUGGUAGGAGGAGGAACCGUUGUUGGUGAGGGGGGUUGUUUUGUUUUUUUUUGUUGUUGUUGGUUCUUUUGGACUUAUUUUAAUGUUAUUUUAUUUGAAAGGGGAAAAGCAAACCCAGGAACUGCAGGGCAGGCCAAAGGCACAGUAAAGCACUACAAUCAGAUGUCUAUUUUUAUACAUAUAUAGCCUUCUAACAAAAGGAAAAUAAAAAACUAAAAAAGAAAAAACAAAAAAUAAAAGAAAAAAAAAAAAGAAGAAAUUACCAGCCGUGUAAAUAGAGAGAUUUUAAAGGAAAGGGGCGAAAUCGCAGCUGUUUUUUAUUAUUAUAAUUAUUAUAAUUAUUAUUAUUAUUAUUUUAAAGACAUAGGACCACAUUUUAAACCCAUCCUCACAGAACCUGAGCACUUCCCUGCUGAAGGGAAGGGCAGAAAUUUCCUGUAAAGAUGAUUUAACAAAAGGAAAAAGGGGGGAGGGGGUAAAAAAAGGGCAAAGAAAGAACGGCAGCAUCCCCGAAGACGGUUAUUUCUCUGUGCUGUAUUUUUUUUUUUUGUCUUCUUCAGACCUUGUCACUGAUGUUUGAACUAAUUUGCCAAGCUCUCUAGGAUUUUUUUUUUAAGUGUAUAACAAUUAAUUAAGGAGGAAAUUUUAAAGAAAAGUACAAAUCUAUGACAGAGUGGAAUCAUUUUGUUGUGUGGGAAUACAUAUAGUCAUGUAGAGAUGUUAAAGGAAAUUUUCUGUGUACAGUUUAUUUAUUUUUAAUGUUUGUGUAUAGGAAAAAAAGCUAGAGAUUAUGCCAGAAACUAUUGGAAAUGUUUACUUGAAUAUUCCUUUAAAAACAUAUCAAUGUAAAUAUGAGCUAUCACUGAUCGAAACAUUUUUAGCAAUAAACUCUAUCUUUGAAGAAAAAA